GCCUAUGUGAUGGUGCUACCCUUGAUGUUUCUCACUGGGAUGGUACUGGUAGACACUCUGAAUGGCCUGUUUAUGGCCUGGCUCUAUGGCCAAUCCUCCAACUCCAUGCAGCGUUUGUAUUUCAACAUCGUCCUCACGGGCUCCACGGCUGCGAUCGCCCUGUUCAUCGGCUUGCUGGAAAUCUUGGGGGUGUUCGCUACAUGGGAAGGCCUUGGCCUUCAUGGAGGAUUUUGGUCCUGGAUCCGACUCAUCAACGACGAUUUCGAACUCGUUGGAUUGAUGAUCAUCAGUUUCUUUCUGACGAGCGCAACGCUGGCAAUUUGCUGCUAUCGCCGAAUCUUUCCAGAGGACCGUUCUGGGGGAACCGUGCGAGAAGAUCUUUUGAGGUAUGUGGAGCGAGGAGACUUCAUUGACCGAUCCGGUGUUUGA